CGCAUUUGACGGACUCUUUAGCAGCAUUGUAUCAGAGACCUCUCGCCACCUCUCGCAACUCUCGCAAGUUGUGUGCAUCUAUUCUAACCUGCAUGGAAUGCGUUGAAUGUUUCGGCAUUAAGAAAAAAGGAAAGUACGAUAAAUAUUUAAUUGUAAUUUAAAGCGCGUAAAAACUUAAUGAUCAAAAAUCUAUUGAUAAAAACAUUUUCUGGAGUCUACGAUAUUUCUAAAAUGAUCAUAUUGUAAAAAAACUAUUGAUUGAAUUCCCAGUACCUAUCGGAAUACAUCUUUCAAGAAUGUAAAAUUAUUUUUGAAAAACGUAAAGAAAGAAGAAAGAAAUUUUCAUAUAUAUACUUUACAAAACAAUUACAGAAAUGGAAAAUAAUACAUGCCGUCUGUGUGGUAUUAAAUCUAAGAUUAAGAAUUUAAAAUAUAUAUUUGAUAAAAAAACUAAUUUGGCACAAAUAAUAAAUGAGACUUUACCAAUUAAGGUUUCACAAGAUGAUCAUUCCAAACAUAUUUGUUCAAACUGUUAUAAUAAAGUUAUCAGUCAUUAUGACUUUAUUCAAAAUAUAUUGACACAUUCGGAAAAAAAGGAAACAAACACCAUAUCUUUCUUGGAGGUCAAUAAAAACGAAAAGUUGGACAGUGUAAUAAUUUCUCAAGUACAAGAUGAUAUGAUAUAUGCUUGUCCGAAUUGCAACAAAGAUUUAAUAAUGUUUAUAACAAGUAAAGAUGGUAGUACGUUUCCUGGAGAUAGUGGGUUUCAAAUUUCAUUGGCUGCUGUAGAUCAAGCAGAAAAGUUAGAAGAAGAAAAUAUCCAAAUGCUUGAGGAAACAAUGGAGGUGGUUAACGUCUGUGUACAGAGAGUGAGUACAGAAAAUGAGUUACAUGGAUCCUUACUGAAUUAUAAUAUCAACAAAGAUGCAAGGGACGAUAACAAACAAAGUAUCAAUGACAUGCAUAGAACCUCACAAAAAGAUAUGAAUGAUGCGAAUUCUCCCAUUACAUUGCAAAAAACUGAUGUAUUGUAUGAAUUGAACAAAGGUACAAAGAGAAAGUUUCAAGAAAAUAUUUUUACCAAAACCAUUAAUGACACACCUGUUAAGUUACAAAAAUUGAAAGCGAAACAAAAUAUUAGCGAAUUGAACACUGAUCAAACUAGAUCAAGUAUAGCUGACUUAAUAACAUUUCAGUCAAAAAACAAUAGUAUAAAGGAUAAAGAAGUAAUAAUCGAGAAGGAAUGUAGCACAGAGUACACGACGGAUAGAAAAUACCGCGACGAGAAUCCUACUAAUUCGCAAGUAUUCAAGAUUAAAUCAGAGGUGAUGGAAAAUAAAUUGAGCAGUGAUUAUGAUAGAUCGAGCACAGCUGACUUGAGUGUAUUCCAGGCAAACAACGGCAUAGAAAGCUAUGAUGUAGAUGUUGAUCACGAUAGAACAGAUGUGACGGAAGAAAAAUAUAUCGUCGAAGAUACAACAGAUGUGAUGGAAGAAAAAUGUAUCGUCGAGAACCCAACAGAUGUGAUGGAAGAAAAAUGUAUCAUCGAGGACACAACGGAUGUGAUGGAAGAAAUAUUAAUCAUUGAGAACACAGAUGACAUUCCACAAGUUAGAAUAAGACAUGUAUGCGAUUUGUGUGGAGCUCAUUAUUUUUCCCAGGUAAAGUACGAAUUUCACUUGGAGAGACAUAAGUUAAACAAAAUGGACAAAUGCGUUUGUAUAAUAUGCGAUAAAGAAACUAAAACUGAAAACCAAUUGUGGGACCACUACCUCCACAUGCACAAAAGCCCAACGCAAUACAUUUGCUUGGACUGCGACAAAACUUUUACGAAUAAACCAAACUUGCUUCAACAUCAGAAAAGGUAUAAGCAUACCAAAUACAAAACAGUGCUAAAUAUUGAAACAGUUAUGGAUAAAAUCAGUGUGGAUAAAGAUCAGACGCAAGUUACUGCAAAGCAGAAACAAAGAUGCAUUUUCUGCAAUAAGCUGAUAAAGAAUAUAGAUCCUAAUAUUACCAACGAUACGGCGAUGUGUGUUUCCUGUAAAGACUUCAGCGAGUGUCUGAUAGGCAGCGAGUGUCUGAAAGAACAAACGAUCUCGCAGCGGCAGUAUCACUGUUCAAAGUGCCGUAAGCACUUUAUGCGUCAGGAGAGACUCGAGUUCCACGAGAUGCGACACAACGAAAAUAUGGACGAGUUUAUCUGCAGUACAUGCGGCAAGGAGUUCAGCGGAGAAAAUUCUUUGUACGAGCAUUAUCUCUUCGUACACAAAGGAGUUAGGCCGCAUAUUUGUGAAAUAUGCGGAAAGUCGUUUCAGCUGAAGGUGCGACUGAAGGAACACCUUCGGAAACACACGGGUGAGAAGCCUUUUGUGUGCGAAAUAUGCGGCCUGCGUUGUAUGACGACACAUGCACUGAAAUUCCACAAAAAGUCUCAUCUCGCCCUUCGUCACAAUUGUGGGUUUUGCAGCAAAUCGUUUAUCAAGAAGCAGAAUUUCAAUGAACAUCUGGAGAAGCACUGGAAAAAAGACAAGAAUAUAUCACUGCCUCGAACAUUUACGUGUUCCAUGUGCAACAGCGUGUUUCCGACCUUCCGCAUGCUGAAGCAUCACAUGAUUGAAACCCAUAAGCUCAAAUGUGAUGAUCCUUUGAUAAUGAAACAAAAACCAUUACACGAAUGCGACGAGUGUCAAGAGAAGUUCAAACAUCAAAUGUCGCUCAAGGCGCACAAGGAGAGGGUGCACGAGGGUAAGAUUAUACUUCGUGUAUUUCAAUGCGAUAUAUGCAAAGUCGAAUUCAGGGUCAAGCAGAUGCUAAUAAAUCAUAUUCGGAGCAAGCAUACUGAGAAACGGUACAAAUGUACACAAUGCAAUAAGAGAUUUGCAGAUAUUAAAACGCUGUAUCACCACGUUUCGCUACAUAUUGGAAGAAAGCUGUUCACCUGCGAAUACUGCAAUAUGAGUUUCAGGCGAAAAAACGUUAGGGAUAUACAUCGCCGUAAACACACAAAUAGCCGGCCUUAUCAAUGCACAGAUUGUGACAAGGUAUUCAGUAAUUCCACCAGGCGCUCGAACCAUCACAAGAAAGUACAUGGGGACAACAAAACCGAGUGUCCGGAGUGCGGACAGAAAUGUAACGAUGUGCAAGAAAUCAGAAUUCACCUGAACAAACAUCUUGGUGAAAAAUUGAGUAAAUUAGAAUCCUAAUAUUGCGAGAAUAAUACAAUUAUGUGUAAGAGAUACAAAAAUAAUUAUAAAAUCAUAUAAACUGUAAAAUCAAUUAUAAUAUAUAUAAUUUACGUGAAUCUGGAUUGCAAGCAAAUUGUAUACAAAUAAUUCAUUUUUAAUUAUGUCAAAUAAAUUUACUGUUAAGUAAUUAUAUGUCAGUUGUCACAUGUAAUUAAUUGAUGCAGUCUUUACACAAAUUUUAUAAAAGAAUUCGAAUUAAAAUAUUCCCAGAUUUUCUCAAUUGUUUUAGUAAUAAACACUGUUAUAUGUAAAUUUAUAUGGCAUGUAAUGUAUUAUAAGAUAAUGAUAAUUUGUACUGUAUGUGUUUGAUAUUGAACAUCAACACUAUCUUCAAGUUAAUUUUACUUUUUAGAUUGUUUCUGUUUAGAUUGUAUGUUUUCACUGUAAUACUUAUUGUACUUUAUACGAUUCACAAUGUUUUCUAGCUGUACAAAUACAAAAAUUUGUGUGAAAAUA